GUUACAUUAAUUUUCCGACGACUCCGCUUUGCCUCAGCUCGCUUUCUCGCUGCCUUCCUCUUUCUCCCUUUUACCACCUCGCUCUUUCUCCCCAUUGGUCCUCCACUCCUCCGUUCCGGCGACCGGCGGCCUCUGAUCUGCGAUCGUCGCAGGCGCCUUUGAUCUCCCCGAUCCCUAGCUAGCUGUCUCCUCUCGCCAGGCCUUUCGAGCGCUGAUACACUCUUGAAAGUUUGCUUUCUGAUCUCCUUCUCGCUGUUCUUCUUCAACCCUUAUUUUGAUCCUCGUUUGAAACCCUAAUAUCGAACUUCUCCCUGGUGCUUUUGUUGAUGUUUUUUUUCCCAUUUACCUUGUGUUUCCUCAAUCCGAUGCAAAGGCUGGCAUAAGUUAGAAUAAGCAGCAUGGAAACCAAACUUCAACAAACUGCAACAGAUUCCCACAAAGCUGAGAUAGACACAAGAGCACCUUUUGAAUCUGUCAAAGCCGCGGUCAGCCUUUUUGGUGAGGUAGCAUUUACAUCUGAUAGAUCGACGGUGAGAAAACCAAAUCCUCCAUCAAUUGAGAGGAUUUUAGCUAAGGAGACACAGCUCCACUUGGCUAAAAAAGAACUUAACAACUACGAGGAACAAAUUAACAAUGCUGAAACAACUAGGAUCCAAGCACUUGCUGAACUAGAAAGACUGAAAAGAACUGUUGAGGAACUGACCAACAAGCUAAAUGCAAUAAAUGAAUCAAAAGAAUCAGCACUGAAGGCUACUGAAGCUGCAAAAAUUCAGACCAAGAAACUUGAAGAUGUGAAUUUGGUUGAGAAUAUUGGCAAGGAUCGUAACUGGGAACAGGAAUAUGACAAUGCAAGAGAGCAGUAUGAGGUUGCCAUUACAGAACUUGAUGCAGCAAAACAAGAACUUAGAAGGAUCAAGAAAGAAUUUGAGACAUCCAUGGAGGCAAAGGUCACAGCCCUUCAGCAAGAAGCUGAAGCAAAGAAGUUUUUAGAUGCCAACAAUGACAAGGUUCUUCAGCUUACUAAGGAGAUUUCAGCUGCUCAGGAAUCACUCAUGCAAGUGAAGCUUGCUACUGAUCAAGCUCAACAAGAAGAGUUAAAAAUUCGAGCUGAGAAAGAUGCUGCCAGACAAUCCUACAAACAAGCUCUAGAAGAAGCUCAAAAGAAAUUGGCAUGUUUGAAGAGCGAAUUCAAUGCUGAAGAUAAAAAGAACCUUGAAGUCAAGCUAGCUGAGACUAAUGCUGAGGUUGCAGCUGUACAGAAGGAUUUGGAAGAUGCCCGAACGUCAGAUUUGGAGUUGGUGACGGCAGUAACCGCUGAGCUUGACGGUGCUAAAGAUAUGCUUCAGAAAUUUGCUGAAGAAGAGAAUUCACUCAGAUCUUUGGUGGAGUCACUGAAGAUUGAGUUGGAAGCCGUACGCAAUGAGCAUGCAGAUCUAAAGAAAAAAGAUGCAGAAACUGAAUCUGCUGUCAGUAACCUUCACCUCAAACUUCAGAAAUGCAAAGCAGAGCUUGAGGCAGCCAUGGUUGCAGAAUCAAAAGCAACUUCAGCAUCUGAUGAUUUGGUGUCCACUCUUCAGCAGUUAUCAUCUGAAGCUCAGAAUGCCCUUGAGGAAGCGGAGGAAAUGAAGAAGAGUGCUGAGGAGCUCAGGGUUGAAGCUGAGAUAGCCCGAAUGUCCUUGGAUGAAGCAGAAAAGAAGUUGCAGGUUGAUUUGAAGGAUGCUGAAAAAGCAAAAGCAGCCGAGACAACAGCCCUUGAUCUGAUCAAAGAUCUAUCUGAGAAGACAACUGUUGCUCGGGCAUCGACUUCGGACUCUGGAUCUAACAUAACGGUCUCAAAAGAAGAGUAUGCAUCUUUAAACCGGAGAGUGGAAGAGUCUGAGAAACUGACGGAGAUGAAGGUUGCUGCUGCAGUGGCCCAGGCGGAUGCCGUGCGAGCCAGUGAGAAUGAGGCAAUCAAGAAACUUGAGGCAGCUAGGAAGGAAAUGGAGGAUAUGGAAACCGCUACAGUGGAGGUGCUGAAGAGGGCAGAAAUGGCUGAGGCUGCUAAAAGGGCUGUAGAGGGUGAGCUAAGGAGGUGGCGCGAGAAAGAGCAGAAAAGGGUCACCGAGACUACCUCAAGGAUUCUGUCUGAGACGCAGAUGUCAACAGAGACAUUGCCGCCAAAACCCUUAGUUCACAGUUCAAAGAUAGUAGAGAAGGCUGAAGUGAACCAUAAUGUUAUGCGACCGUCAAUUUCCAAAAAGUCCCUUCUGCCAAACUUCAGCGGCAUGUUUAAUAGGAAGAAGAGCCAUUUCGACGGUGGAUCUCCAUCCCGCCUACCAGAGGAGAAGCUUGUAUGAUCCUUGUCCCGAUACCUCGGCCUGUAUAACAUAAUAGUCUAUUUGUUAGAGCUUUUUGUUAAUGUAUAAUUUGUUUCUCUUUUGCCAUUGCUAAGUGUUGUGACAAGCUUAGCGCUGUCGGAGUUCUAUCUCUGACUAUGCUGGAUUUUGAAGUAGCCCUUUAAUUCAAAGUGAUGGUUGACACUCUUUCUAGAUA